GACGCAGAGGGAAAUAAUCAUCAGAACAUAACCACAGCUUUCACAAAAGGAGGACGGCUGCAGCAGAGAAUACGUGGACAGCGUAUUCUGAAAGUGGAUGGAAACAGGAGAAUGUGAUCUAAAAGAGAAAUUACUUUCUUGAUUUUUGAUUUUUUUUCUGCCGAGUUUCCAUUAUUAAUUGCAGGAAAAUGGCGGCAGGGUCUGAAGGUCUCUGCAGUCUGCACUCUGAGAAACUCAAACUCUUCUGUCUGGACCAUCAGCAGCCGGUGUGUGUCGUCUGCAGAGAUUCGAAAACACACAACAGCCACACAUUCAGACCCAUUGAUGAGGCUGCACAGGAUCACAGAGAGGAGCUCUGGGAAGCCCUGAAGCCCUUGAAGGAGAAACAGACUAUCUUUGAACAAGUUAAAGGAAAAUAUGAUCAAACAGCAGAACACCUGAAGGUCCAGGCCGGACGCACAGAGACGAAGAUUAAGGAGCAGUUUAAAAAGCUUCACCAGUUUCUAGAAGAGGAAGAGGAGGCCAGGAUCUCUGCUCUGAGGAAGGAAGAGAAGCAGAAGAGUCAGAGGAUGAAGGAGAAGAUGGAGGCUCUGAGCAGAGAGAUAGCAGCUCUUUCAGACACAGUCAGAGCCACAGAGGACGAGCUGAGAGCCAAAGACGUCUCGUUCCUGCAGAACUACAGAGCUGCUGUGGACAGAGUCCGGCAGCGACCCCUGUUGGAGGAUCCACAGCUGCUCUCAGGAGCUCUGAUAGACGAGGCCAAACACCUGGGCAACCUGGGCUUCAACAUCUGGAACAAGAUGAAGGAGAUGGUCUCCUACACUCCUGUGAUUCUGGAUCCAAACACCGCUGAUCCAAACCUCAUCCUGUCUGAAGAUCUGACCGAUGUGAGAUGCGGAGAGGGACAGAAGCUCCCUGAAAACCCAGAAAGGAUUGUUUUCUACCCCUCCGUCCUGGGCUCUGAGGGCUUUAAUGCCGGGACUCACAGCUGGGAUGUCGAGGUCGGGGGCAAUAGAUACUGGAAAGUUGGUAUGGCAACAGAGUCUGUUCAGAGGAAAGAACAACCACAGUCUGGAGUUUGGACAAUAACGUUCGAUAAUGAUGAAUACACAGCAUGCUCCUCGCCAGGUCCAGACACUCUUCUCCCUGUGAAGAACGAGCUCCAAAGGAUCAGAGUUAAACUUGACUGGAAAAGAGGAAAACUGUCAUUCUCUGAUUCUGACACUGACACACACAUACACACCUUCACACACUCUUUCACUGAGAGACUGUUUCCAUGCAUAGGCACUUUGAAUGAACUCCCACUGAAGAUACUACCAGUUAAGGACGCUACGGAAAGCAGAAGUUGGUGGCCUUUUAUUUAACAAGUCUAUUGACUGAUGACUCAGAUGGAAAUUACUCAAGCGGAUUUAUGCUGCAUCUACUCACACAGAGUAGGAAAGUUCUGUUUAAUUUUUGUAAAGAUUGGGCAAAACAGAACAGCUUUUUGAGCAAACAGGAGUAAACAAAUAAUUGAGAUUGAGAUAUUUCUACUUUGUGGAAUUUAUGAUAAUGGUACGAUUUUCUAAUAUGGUUUUAUCAGAAUUUUAAGGUUUGUAAAAGGUGUUUAUAUGAAUAGAAGUUGCUAACUCACAAUUACAAUGGUUUGGGGUUUAGUAAAGUAUUUUGGGAAGUAUCUGUUAUCAGUGUACAUGUGGUGGAGUUUCCAUAAUGACUGUUUUUAAAUGGAAGUUAGGCUAUAUGAUGUAUAUGAUUUAUUAUAAAAUGACUAAGAAUGAAUAAGAGCUGACAGUUUUUUAUAGCUUACAAAGUCUACACGUCUUUAUUAUU